UGGUGAUUAAGUCGGUUCUCUCACACAGACCUGGCAACUCUACUCUUAUUUUAUCGGAAACGAAAGUCAAACUAAUCUGUAUCUGUUCAGUCCGAGGGCGGAUCUGUUUCAUAUCGUUUCCCCUUUUCUUCAGACACACCUGUUUUCCACGCGGCUUUUACAGACUGAACCUGGAAGUGUGAGCUGCUGUAAGUAACUGUGUGAGUUUAUUUUUCAGUAAAAUGGCAGAAGCGAAUAUUUUAGGACUUCAGGACCAGUUCAGCUGUCCAAUCUGUAUGGAUCUACUCAAGGAUCCAGUGACUAUUCUCUGUGGACACACUUUCUGUAUGGUGUGUAUUAAUGGAUGCUGGGAUCAGGAGGAUCAGAAGGGAGUCUAUAGCUGUCCUCAGUGUAGACAAACCUUCACUCCAAGACCUGUUGUGAGUAAAAACAGCAUGCUGGCUGAAGUAGUGGAGACACUGAAGAAGACUGGACUCCAAGUUACACGUCCUGCUCACUGUUUAGCUGGACCUGAAGAUGUGGAGUGUGAUUCCUGCACUGGGAGAAAAUCCAAAGCCAUCAAGUCCUGUCUGGUGUGUCUGGCCUCUUUCUGUGAAACUCACCUCCAGCCUCACUAUGAAUCUCCUGCCUUUAAGAAGCACAAGCUGGUGGAAGCCUCCAGACGACUCCAGGAGCAGAUCUGCUCUCAGCAUGACAAACUGCUGGAGGUUUACUGUCGCACUGAUCAGAAGUGUAUCUGCAUGUUGUGUAUAUUAGAUAAACAUAAAGGACAUGAUACAGUAUCAGCUGCAGCAGGACGAGCUGACAAACAGAAGCAGUUGUUAGAGAUGCAGGGAAAAUUCAAGCAGAGAAUCCAGGACAGACAGAAGGAGCUUCAGAAGCUGAGGAAUUCUGUGGAGACUCACAAACGCUCUGCACAAACAGCAGUGCAUAAAACUGAGAAGUUAUUUACUGCUCUGAUCAAAUCCAUUGAGAGAAGACGCUCUGAACUGACAGCACGGAUCAGAGCUCAGGAGAAAGCUGUAGUGAGUGAAGCUGAAGAAGUCAUGAAGCAGCUGGAGCAGGAGAUUGCAGAGCUGAAGAGGAGAGACUCUGAGAUGGAGGAGCUUUCACACACAGAGGAUCCCAUCCAUUUCCUCCAGAGUUUUCAGUCUGUCUCGGCCACUCCUAAAUCUGCAGUUGUACCCACCAUGAGUCCUCAUCUCACUUUUGAGGAUGUAGUAGAGUCUGUGUCUAAUCUGAGAGAGAAAGUAGAAGAAUGCAGUAAAGAGGAGUUUGGGAAAAUAUUAGCUGGAGUGAGCUAUGUCUGUAUGUUUCCUGUUCCUGAACCCCAAAGCAGAGAAGAUUUUCUAAAAUAUUCCUGUCAAUUGAGACUGAAUCCCAACACAGCUAAUAAGCUCCUCUGUCUGUCUGAGGAGAACACGUUGGUGACCUGCAGUUCAACACAACAGUCCUAUCCUGAUCAUGCUGAGAGGUUUGACUCUUAUCUCCAGGUGUUGUGUACAGAGAGUGUAUGUGGACGCUGUUACUGGGAGGUUGAGUGGAGUGGAAAUGAUGGGGUUUCUUUAGCAUUCUCAUAUAAAGACAUCAGCAGGAAGGGUAAUCAGUGUGUGUUUGGAUUCAAUGAUCAAUCCUGGAGAUUGUUUUGCUCUCCAAAUAAAUUCAUAUUCUGUCACAAUAACAGACAAAUUAAUGUCCCAGUAAUACCCAGCUCCUCUAGAAUAGGAGUGUAUGUGGAUCACAGGGCAGGGAUUCUGUCCUUCUACAGCGUCUCUGACACGAUGAAGCUCCUCCACAGAGUUCACACCACAUUCACUCAGCCUCUUUACCCCGGGUUUAUGGUUUACUUGGGAUCAAAGGUUAAACUAUGUCAUUUAAAAUAGGUCUUUGUGAUGCUAGUGGAUUUUUGUGUGUGUCUGUUUCUGCAUGCAGUUUGAUGGGGGUUACCUCAAAACAACAGUGUACUGCAAUAGCAAAAGAAAUACACAGAGACUUUGUGAAUAAAUAAUAAAAAAAUCUGAUUUGAGACAAGAACUGACAUCUAAUAAACUAACGUCUUCAUAAAUUUACACACAGUUUUAUAGUGAAAACAAAUAACAUUGCUACAGAUAAAAAUUAAAAAAAAGUAAAACCUUCUCAUCAGGCAACUCUGCUCCAUUGUAGCAUAGUAAGUAAAGUAGAAAUGAGUCUUUUUUUAAAAAAAACAAAACUGUGUUUAAAAACAUGAAAGAGUCUCACAUUACAUUAUAUUACCUGUUGCAACAUAGUAGUUGUAAAUAAUAAAUUGAUCAUUUAUUGUAAUUAUGAUGAUAGUAUGGAUCGUGAUCAGUCUGUAAACCUAAAUAUACAAACCGCAUAAUGGUACAAUGUUGGUUUAAGGUAGCAUGGAUUUUUACUAUUUCUAAUAACUGGAUUAUCAAAUAGAUUUCAUUAGUUGAAAUAAUGCAAGUUAAAAUAAGAAGUUAAAAUAAAUGUACUCCUCACUGCUCCUCCUACGUACUUACUCCUACUAUAUUAUUAUUAAUCAAUCUUGUUAUAUUACUUAAAUUUGUGAUAUUGUGGUGCUUUAUUACAGCCAGACAACUGUGUUCAGUGGAGUCAUGAGGAAACAAGCUGUACACAGCAAAUAUAAAGUCUCUGUGUUGUGUUGCUCCUAAUAAUAUUACAUUUAUUUUACUAUCACACAUCAGUAUACUUUCUAUGUAUAAAUCAUAUUUUGAAACAUUGUGUAAUGCAAUAUUUUUGUGUCUUUUAACGUUAGUGUGUUGUUUGACCUUCAACACUCCACACUAUGUUCAUUAUGUUUAGCAUCAUUAAGUCUAUCAAUGGUAAACUAACAUAACUCACAGUACAGGAUGUACCUGACACAUAAUCCUAUAAAGUAUGUCUGUUUUGAGUUGCAGAUUUUGUUGUAUAAUGCAAUGGCAUUUUAAGCUGCUGUUGAACUGUGAGCAAUAAACUUGACCAUGAACACAAACUCGAUGCCUUAUCCCUGACUCAUAUAUGUACUGAGGAUUUGGU